AUGUUGUCUCCGCCCUCGACCCAACUUGCACUCACCAAUAUCUACCCUCGCACCCGAAUAAGAAACCCACGAGACUUCAAAUCAGCCAUAGACAGCAGGAGGGCGGCGCUCGAGGACGGAAGCAUCGAAGACUCAUACCUGUCGUUCAGCGGUGUUACGCCACAACUUUUCGAAUCCAUCGAGAACCGCCGCGACACCCUUGGAGCCAACCGAGUCCGCUUCACGUAUUUCGCGGAUAUCGAGACUCUGAUCGUGAAAGUACCGUCCGAACCCCACGAGAGAGGCCACGCGAUAAUAGGCCAUGAAAUCUUUCACCGUCUGAGAGCGCACAUGGCGGUUGCCGGUGACGAAGUCAUUCCUGUUCAGUCAACCACAUACCAUGGAAUGGGGGGCUCAUCUAAGGAGGGCGACUCGGCGUACAAGAACUUGACUAUUAGAUCUCAGGCUGCAUCUUGGCCCCUCUGGGUGGUCGAGGGGGCCGUGUCAGAGUCCUUUGAACGACUCCGUGGAGACGCGAGCUGGUGGAUCAACCACUCCAAUGGCGAGGUCCGACUCGUCAUGCUUGUCUGCAUCUGUCGUAGUAACAGGACCAUAAGGAUCGAGACUUGGGUUCCGGAGCAGGUACUUCCGCCCCCUGGGCCACGUACCCGCGCGCGUGGUGCUAUCCCGACACUUUGGGCCAGGAAAGAAGCGGCCGAGGUCUUGAUGGAUUUUUCAGCGAUUAUGCCAACUUAUCAAGGGCCCCCGGCCCUUUAUUUCGAAUUCAGUCGUCUUAUUGGUCGUCCGCCGAACCCGCCUGGUGAACGUGAUGUGGUGCUGACCCGGCAAGACCUCUUGGAAUUGGGCAGGAUGAUGUUCCUUGGAAUAUGA